AUGGCGAUCAAGCACAACCAGCAGAUCCAGAAGAACCAUUUCCACAAGGACUGGCAACGCUACGUCCGCGUGCACUUCGACCAGCCUGGCAAGAAGAAGUCCAGACGCAACGCCCGUGUUGCGAAGGCUGCCAAGGUCGCUCCUCGUCCCGUCGACCUCCUCCGCCCCGUUGUGCGAUGCCCAACUAUCAAGUACAACCGCCGCGUCAGGGCUGGCCGUGGUUUCUCUCUCGUUGAGUUGAAGGCCGCCGGUAUCCCCCGCAAGUUCGCCCGCACCAUUGGUAUCUCUGUCGACCCCCGCCGCCAGAACCUUUCCGAGGAGGGCCUCAAGGCAAACGUCGAGCGCCUCCAGGAGUACAGGAAGCGCCUCAUCCUCUUCCCCCGCCGCAACGGCAAAACCAAGGAGGGUGACGCAUCCGCUGAGGACGUCAAGUCCGCCAAGACCGCCGAGAACGUCGUUGCCCGCGCUUCUGCCGCUCUGCCCAUCAAGAACAUCGUCACUUUCGAGGAGGGUGCUAUUGGCGACUACAAGGGCGAGGAGAACGCCUACAGGAAGCUCCGUGACGCUCGCUCCGAGGCCCGCCUUGUUGGUGUCCGCGAGAAGCGUGCCAAGGCCAAGGCUGAUGAGGCCGACUCAAAGAAGAAAUAAGCUAUCCAUUGAGUGGUGGUUCGUUUCUUUGCAAUGCCUUAUGAGAAGAGUUUCAAAAGUCAGGCUCACGAUUUGGUCAUGGGUAUUCCCAGCAUGGGCGGCGUCAACGGUUAGGUCUGUCGAUAGGACAGCAUGUGAAUGAUACCUACUUUGCAAAUGC